AUGAUCUCUCUCACUAUCGGUUAUGUGUCUGGUAUUAUUGCCGCGGUGAUUUUCAUUCUUCAAUUCGUGUUUCCCAAUGCCCUCAUCCUCGUGCUAGUGGGUUUUCUCAAAAAUGACCAUACGGCGGUGACCUGGUCUGUGGUUGAGCGCAGCCUGCUGAGUUCCCUGUGGCCGACGCUCCUCAAGACAGAGGCUGCCGCAAGUCGAGGGGUAGAUACCAAGAUCAGGCUCCUGACUUGGUUGCGGCCAUUGGCUCUCGGGCUUGUCUCUGUCGCCGCGAUUGUCACGCCCUUGGGACUUUACGACGACAUUGUACCUUCCACGACGCCCCAAUCUGUCGCCUUCACGUAUAUUGCAGACUCCAGUCCGAUGGGAUACGGAACGCCUCCACGGAGCCAACUCGGCUUUAGUCGAAUUUGCGGAAACUUCCUCCCCGUGCAAUGUCCCGGCACGACGAGCGCCAUCACGUACAGUGGCAACGAUACAUUCAUGGAGGCUAAUAUCACAAACGAUGAUUACGACACGAGGAUCCCCAAGGUCCUUGCCGAACUCUACCAGAGCGGUCUAGCUCAGCAGCCGCAAACGGUCUCAAGCUUCUUCGAUAUUGAAUCACGGUAUUACUCGUUCAUGUACCAAGAUGGGGUCGCACAUGGAGCAAAGUAUAUUGUGGACGCAUUCCGCUACUUGUCCAGUAUGGUAUUGGACAACGCCAUUGAGCCGGUGGAGGGUCUGGUCGUCGACACGGUUGCCGGCGGGGUCGGCUUCCGCAAUCAUACGGUCCCUGUCAGCGUUCAGCUGGGUGCCGAAUGGACAGAGGAUCUACUCUGGAUUGAGCCCGAGACGGCGUGCGUCGACACAAACAUCUCGGUCGAGUUCAAAAUACCCUAUAGCGGCAUCGCCAGCAGUGAUCUAGCCAACAUGUCGCUCGUCGACAAUGGGGGCUUCGCGAACCUGGUCCAGGAAUACCCGUACGUCAACGUGACAGACUCCCAGACUCAUCCAAACUUGCAGGGGCGAGCCUACAAAGCUGCAUGGUUGGUGAACGUGUAUACAAUGCUGGUCAUGAACCUGACCAGGCCGAAUCCCGAUUCCUUUGGUUAUCUGAAAUCCAAGGUUGGCGACAAAUAUCCAGUCACGACAUAUCAGACGACGGGAGCGAAGCUCAAUGGGAUCUAUGUCACCAAUCUCUGGUCAUCCCUGCUGGACCCAGAGGCCUACUUGUCCAAUUACACCUUGGCCGACGCGCCAUCCGCCAACUAUUCCAACCCAUUUGGGCUCACCUCUUCGAACUAUAGCGACAUUUCAUUGCUCUGCUCGGGGGCAGGAGGCGCUGAUCUUGCGAAUCUCACCAAUGUUCAUGUCGAGUGUGGCUUGGUCUUUGGAGCCGCGCAGCGUCGUGACGGGACGAUAACCCUUGUCCAGGAGCCUGAAACCUGGUGGACACAGAAGGUGUACAGCUGUGCUACUGCAAUGAAAGCGAGUAUCAAAGAGGUCCGAUUCCGAUACAACGCGACGCAGACGACCGGCAACACGCUCAAGGCCUUGUCUAUUGUUAAUGUCAGCGACACGUCGUACCCAGACAAGGAGUCGAUGCCUCUCUGGGGCGUUGAAUCGCCUGGUUACACGAUGAACGACAUUCAUCAGCUAUGGGGACUGAUCUCGCCGGAGCUUGAGCACUCGGUCAAUUUGUCCACAGUGCGGGCUCCUCAAUUGUACCUACCAGGAUAUGGUGGUUUGGGUGUUCUAUCGACCGUGCCGGGAUAUGAGAACCUACCAGGAGCAGAUGGGCCAGCCGAUGCCCUGGCAGGAGUGUACCAGUCCGGCGGUGACGACUGGGCAGACUACUCUGGAGACACCAACAUGGCCAUGUACGCGCGAUGGCGAGAUCUUUCAGGGUCAGCAGCGACCGUGGCAAAGAUCCCCAACCUCGUGUGGACGGAUAUCGCUGCGAACAUGCUGGUGGGCACGCGCAACUGGAACUCUGGCAAUGGGCUGCCCGCCAACCUUCAGAAACGGGAUGAUGAUGGGACAAGCGGUGGCGGCAGCGACCAGGCCCUCGUGCCUGUGACUGUCUAUCAGCAGCGCAUUCGCUAUCACUGGCCAUUUGCCAUCCCGGCAUUCCUGGCGCUGGCGUUGUUCCUCGCGGUGCUUUUGGCUGCCUUCAUCUCUGUUCUGUCUGGAAGGGGCCUCCCAGCACGAGUGCGACAUUAUCUAUUUCAUUUGUCGUCAGGGCGCAUGUUGGGGGACAUUCAAUAUGCUGGAGAAUGCGACAAGUUGGCACCAACAAAUGAAUGGCUCGCACGUGUGGGUGGCAGGCGUAGCGAUUUGCACGCCUGUGCCAGUCAUAAGGCUAGCGAUGUUAGCGGCAGUAUCGGUAUUGGGGCCCCAACCUCACCGUUCCUCGGGCAGCAGUAUUAUCACAUGGCCAGCCGCAUGACUGGCGGCAUGACUGAUGAGAAGCAGCAGAGGAUGGUGACUGAGACGACCGAACUGCGGCAUCUCACCGUGGCAGGGUCAGGUCAUGGGCCCAAUACGGGAUAUGUAAAGCUCAGUGAAAACGAACAGCCGGGAUGGCGGUCACCCGGCCUCUAA